UGCUCCUUCCUCCUGGCCUUCGUCGCCGCCGCCGCCGCCGCCAUGGCCCGGCUGCUGCGGCCGCUGCUUCGCCUCAGCGGGGCCUUCAACUCCGGCCCGGCCCGGCCCUGCAGUUUGGGCGCCUGCGCCUCCUACCGCCUCCGGGACGGCGUGCAUCCAUUAUGGCAGAGCCCAAUUACAAUUCCAGGGGGCAGACGACAAUCUCCAAUCAACAUCCAAUGGAGAGACAGUGUUUAUGACCCUGAUCUUAAACCCCUUGAAAUACGCUAUGACCCAGCCACUUGCCUCCAUAUGUGGAACAACGGCUACUCUUUCCUGGUUGAGUUUGAGGAUACCACAGAUAAAUCAAUUAUUACAGGAGGCCCCUUGGAGAACAACUACAGGCUGAAGCAGUUCCACUUUCACUGGGGAGCCAUAAAUGAGUGGGGCUCAGAGCACACGGUUGACUGUAAGGUCUUCCCAGCAGAGCUGCAUUUAGUUCACUGGAAUUCUUGCAAAUAUGACAGUUUUGAAGAAGCUAUUAUGGAGGAUAAUGGUCUGGCUGUGAUUGGAGUCUUUUUGAAGCUUGGUGCCAAUCACAGUGGGCUGCAGAAGUUAGUAGAUGCCUUACCUUCAAUUAAGCACAAGGAUGCGCUGGUUGAAUUUGAAGAAUUUGACGCGUCCUGCCUGUUGCCAUCGUGCCCAGAUUAUUGGACGUAUGCAGGGUCUUUGACCACCCCGCCACUUUCAGAGUCUGUCACCUGGAUCAUCAAGAAGAGGGCAAUAGAGGUUGAUGAAGAUCAGCUCGAGGUAUUUCGGAUGCUGCUCUUCACCCCUGAUGGAGAGGAAGAGAAGAGGAUGGUGGACAAUUUCCGUCCGCUUCAGCCAAUAAUGGAUCGUACCGUUCGUUCAUCUUUUCCAACCCAGCACAGGCUGAACCUAGAAACAAGAUCAAAGGAACCGAUUUUCCAUACCCAGGAGCGAGUGCCUCUUAAGGAGACUGUGUAUCUUUGAGAAGAAAAAGGCCAAAUCUUGUCUGUACUGUAUAUGUAAUGUUUAGCCUAUAUCUGGAUACAUACUUAGAGGUUCAAGGUCAGUUGCUUCAAAGGGACUGGGUUGUUGUUGUUUUUCGGGACUGUCUUUUUUGUAGCACAAGAACCUACUUUGAUUAAACCCCUCCUGCCAUUAGCAGUUUAAAGCAUCAAUUAGAAUUCCAAACCUUGUCCUACCAUCAAGAAUUCUCUGCAUCUGUUGUUUUGACAGAUCCUCUGUUCCACAAGACGAGUAGUGGCAAAAGGUGUCCCCAGGAGGAUGCAACUGAGGAGAGGAGAUUAGCAAAGCAUAACUGUCUUUUGAGAAAGGAAAUGUGUGGUUUGUGGUGAGGACAUGUCUUUUUCUCCGCAUUCUGGUGUUUAUCUUGAUCCAGAUAGUCCGAUGCUACCUACCUCUGAAACGUGUCAGCUCUAACUGUAUAGAAGUUACCCUAUUUUGUUCACUGUAUCUUUUGUGCAUACUGGAGAGGUUUUGGGUCCAGAGAACGAGGCUUUAAAAGUCUUCUCUGUAAAUGAGUGGGUUUUAGCCGAUCCUAACCAUGCUUCCUUGGAAACCAGUUCAGUUAAAAUGGAUAAGACUGACUCCCCAAAAAAUGUGCAUAGGAUUGGGCUGCCUCUGUGUGCAUCUACUAUACAUUUACUGACGUGGUUGGGACUCAUACAUGCAUUUUAUCAUGAGGAGGCCUAAAAUAUAUGAUGAUUUUUCACUCUGUGGACUCCUGCAAUGGAAUAUAGAUAACAAACUGCAGCUUAGAUGUAUCUUCCACAAAGGCUAUCCUGAGAUCUAGGAUGUGCCUGAAUUAAUCAACGGCGUUCAGUUCUGUGGUCUUGUUUAGAUUUCUCCAAAUAUCACAUAAUAGUAUUAGGGAGUUCUAUGUUACAGUUUUAGCAUCUAAGUGUUGAAGCAGAAACUAAUCAUACUAACGUGGUUUUUUUUUAACAAAAAAGUCUAGUAAACCAUGUUGUUUGAAUUACAGGGCAAACUGGAAACCAUUUUCUGCCGGUAUCACUUGCAUUACAACAAUUUUUUACAUAUGUGUAAUUAUAUCAAGUUUUGUAUUCUACCCAAUUUGAUUAAUUUUACUUUUUGAACCACCCACGGUGAGUGAAUCAUCACUGUAAAGGGCAUACAGCUCGUUUUCUGCAAGGGUGUCUUUUUCCCCCUUUUCAAAACGGGCUGAUGAGUUUUCACGCCAAAUAUAACUCCAGCCUGACGAAAUUUAUAAGAUGGCAGAUGCCAACAUAGAUAUCUUCAGACUAAUUUAUUUUAAGGGACUGUAUAUGAAUAGGAGCUGUUUGACAUGCACAGUGAUUUAGUCCCUUGCAGAAGGGUCUAAACUUUUAUUUUCACCCAUGGUGUUGAUGAGAGGCGCACGCAGGUAGCAUUUACACAGCUUUUAGGAAAACGGAUCAGCUUCCAAGCUCUGGGUUGUUGUUACGACUUGUCUUUAUGUUAGGUUUAUUUCCCUGGCAGUUCAUGUGCCGGUGUAUUUUUAAUAUCUAUCUUCAGAUAUCUGUAUUAAAUGAAUGGUGGUGAUUCUAGUGGGAUUAAUGUGUCUCCCCAGGGCUUAGAUAUCGGGCAAAAUGAAUUUAUAAGCUGUUAACGCUUUUAAAAAUUCCAAUAAACACUUUAGGUUGAUGAAUUAGUUAAACGCAACACAUAUUUACAAACUGCUGCUGCCGCUGCUGCCGCCAGAAGUUAUUUCAGUUUUUAUCCUCCUUUUGAAGGGAGUGGGGGGAAACUGUUUCAUUGUAUGGAGAAAGCGCCUAUGACUAGAUAAAAAUCCUACUGAAUUGCAUUGGAACGGAAGAACAAUAGCCGGCUGUACUGAGAGCGAGCAGUACUUGCCGAAGAAUAAUGUAACGCUUCAUUAUGCUCUUGGACUGCAUGAAACAUGCACUCCAAAAGCAAACUGUGUUUUGAAUGCCAUUGUAUUUGCCUCUUCGCUCAAGCAGUAACUAUAAAGAGCGCCGAGCAAA